CCCGACGCUGCCCGGAGGCGCCCGCGGCCUGAGCCCCAAGGGGCCGUGGGGUCUCCCACCCGGCCCGAACGCCCCGCGCCCCGCGCUCGCCGCCCCAAGCUUUCGCUUCGGCUCCCAAGUAGUUAAAUGCCCUUGAGCGCGGGUUUCCGCGGCCCGGCUCCCAGCCCCGGCAGCGCGAGUUGAGCUGUUUCCCCGCGCCGUCCGCCGGCUCCAGCGCGGCCGCCACUCACUGCUCACGCGUCCAUGUGUAGCCACAUAGUUAUCUAUGUACAUCCACGCUGGGGCAUUUUCCUCCUGCUUAAUGAGGACUUGACUCGGGAGCAAGUGUGAAUCACUGCCGGGCUGGGAAAGGAGGAAGGCGGAUUUAACCCCCUCCCACCCCGCUCCAUGUCCGUGUGUCACUCGGCUGGGUCUACCUGGUACGGCCGGUCCUGGGGCUGCUGCUGCGGCUGACGACGACGGGGGCUGCUGCUGCUGCUGCUGCUGCUGCUACCGUCCCGGGAGUUCUCUCCGGCUUCGGCCACACAGGUCCUGGGGAUUGUUCUCUUCGCUCGGAACCUCGGUCAGGCCGGCACUUUGGCUCCGAAAUAACUUAUUUUUUUGGAGGGCACAUCACGAACCAAUCAAGAUCGUUAAGGUUGAUUGCUGUACCUUGAAGAGUUCUCCUUUUUUGUUUGUUGUUGUUUGUUUUUGGUUUUGCCCCCGGUAAACAUCUCUGGGUGUAUAUCAAACGGCAAGAUGUCCAGUAAUGUCCCGGCAGAUAUGAUAAAUUUGCGCCUCAUCUUGGUAAGCGGGAAAACAAAAGAGUUCCUGUUUUCUCCUAAUGAUUCUGCUUCUGACAUUGCAAAGCAUGUGUAUGACAAUUGGCCAAUGGACUGGGAAGAAGAGCAGGUCAGCAGUCCAAAUAUUCUACGACUUAUUUAUCAAGGACGAUUUCUGCAUGGAAAUGUCACAUUAGGAGCAUUAAAACUUCCUUUUGGCAAAACAACGGUGAUGCAUCUGGUGGCCAGAGAGACGUUGCCAGAGCCCAACUCUCAAGGUCAGAGGAAUCGUGAAAAGACUGGAGAGAGUAAUUGUUGUGUAAUCCUGUAAACACUGUCCGCUACGUGUGCUGUGAUGUAGUCUUUGUCUUUCAUGCUGCUGGGACAGAAGAGACCCAACAUUGCUUCAGAAUCCCUUAGGAAGAGUCUGCCUGUAAACCCAUGGAACUGAAUGAUCUCAUGAACACUGUCAUCUCGCAUCAGAGUAAAAAGAACCAAGAACAU